UCUGUCCGUGUCUCAGUCAGUGCGUCAGUCAGUGUGUCCUCCACCGGCCGCCGAGCGUCUCUCUGUCCACACGCGUGCAGCGAGGCUGCAGACAGGCAGCGGGACCAGCUGUGGGAUUGAUUAUUCUGAGAGAACACCUGGAUUACCAAACACCAUCUGUAUUUGUCUUAUUUCUAUACUUUUUCCGACUUUCUGGGCUUUAGAAACAAGCUGCCAUGAUGUCUCGGGCUCCAGAUGAUGUGAGCAAGCUGACUGAAAGUACAUACAAGAAUGUGAUGGAGCAGUUCAACCCGGGCCUGAGGAAUCUGGUCAACCUCGGGAAGAACUAUGAGAAAUCUGUCACAGCGAUGACUCUAGCUGGGAAGGCCUAUUUUGAUGCAGUCUCAAAGGUCGGAGAGACUGCUAUCGUGUCUCCAGUCUCCAGAGAGCUUGGUGUGGUUCUGAUGGAGAUCUCAGAGGCCCACAGGAAGGUCUACAAUGAACUGGAAGAGAACUUCAAGACGUUCCACAGGGAGAUUAUUAUUGAGCUGGAGAAGAAGACAGACAUGGAUGUGAAAUACAUGAAUGCCACUUUCAAGCGCUACCAGUCGGAGCACAAGCUGAAGCAGGACUCCCUGGACCGCUCUCAGACAGACCUGAAGAAGCUCAGGAGGAAAAGCCAGGGAAAGCACUCAUCCAAGUAUGAGAUCAGAGAGAACGAGUAUGUGGAGACCAUUUCAUCGCGCCAGAUGGACAUGCAGAAGUUUAUCGCUCAUGGCUGCAGAGAGGCCUUACUAGAAGAAAAGAGACGCUUCUGCUUCCUGGUGGACAAACAUUGCAUGUUCUCCUAUCAAAUUAGCAACUUCCAUGAGAAAGCCAAAGAGAUGCUGGCUGUGCAGCUCCCCAGCUGGCAGGAAAAGUGCAGUGACAUCAUCGAUGUGCCGGACACGGUGACCACCAUGAUAGAGGAGUUGUCCCCGACUCCACCGCAAAUGCCUCUGUUUGAACAUUACAACAGCAACAACGUGGAGUCAGGGGUGCCUCCUCCAGCACCGCAACUGAAGGCCCAGAUCAGUCCGCUAGCCAACAUGUUCAACCCAGAGCCCAGGAUUCCUUUCAGCCCCCCGUCAGACCACAACUCAGACCAGGGCAGUCUUGGAGAGGUCAGCCUGUCCCGGUCUACAUCCCAGUCGUCCGGUCUCAAUGUGGGCAGGAAGCCCAGAGUUAGGACCAUCUUUCCCCACAAGGCAGGCAACAACCACACACUCCUCAGCUUCGACGAAGGCGACACCAUCACCCUGCUCAUCCAAGAGGAGAAGGACGGAUGGUUGUACGGAGAGCUGGAGAAGACACAGCAACGGGGCUGGUUUCCCUCAUCUUACUGCAGACCUCAUACCGAACCUGUGAUAUCCAACAGCAGCAAUCUUAGCACGCCGGUGCGGAGUCCGAGUGUGGCCAGUCUUCAGGAGCAGGAUGAGGAGGAGUCUGUGUUGCUGCCGCCAGCAGACUACAGCGACAGCACCCUUUCUAGCCCAGCGGCCCCUUCAAUGCCCUCGCCACAGAAUAAGGUUUCUUUAGUCAAUGGGAACGCACCGGCUUCCUUUCUAGGAGGAGGGAAUCCAUUUGCCACAAUCAAGCUAAGACCGACAGUCACCAAUGACAGAUCAGCACCAAACGUCUAACACAUAAGAUGAGGAUGUUCACCGCUGUCAUGCCUUCAGGGGGAAUCAUUGCGACAUUGGACCCCCUGCGACACACUUAAUAUUACCCCAACCCGUCAUCUCACCAGCCUGCAUGCUUGUCUCUCUCAGUCUGCUCUAUUAAAGGAAUCCAUUGUUUCUUGGCACACGUGUGUUUGACUGUGCCAGCGUGUGUUUUACAUGAGACACGACAGGGAAAUAUUGCAAUCAACACAUGAAGAAGCCGGAAUUCAAAUAUUUUUGUAACGCAAAUAUUUUGCUUUCAACUAAGAAUUCACCCCAAAAAGAAAAUGUUCACUAAGUAAGCAAUCAAGAUCCUGCACAGGAAUGGCAGGAUCCACCACACAUGAUAACAACCUACUGCAGUGUAUAGAUCGGUAAUUACUGAAUGUAAAUACUUUGAAUUGGACCAAGAUAAAGCUAUUGGGGCUCAUUGUGCAUCUGAUGGUCCCACAAAUACCAAUGGAGUUUCUACUGACAUGCUAACAAGGAGAUGAAACCUGAAAAGAGAUGCUUAGACAGCGUCAUAAGGGCUGCAGUCAAAGCAGUGUUUUCAUAGAGAAUGAAGAGAUCCAGAUGGACUUGAUGCUGACAAGAAAGACCAGCAUCCAGGCGGUCUGCCUGACAUGCCAAAAAUAUAGUGUCAUUUCUGUUUUUGUUAUAAUUAUUUGUGUCUUUCUUUUCUUAAGAGGCAUUAUGAUAUACAAAGGUUGUGAGAAGGAAGGGAGAGUGACCGUGUU